UAUAUUUUUUUGGGGGGUUGGAUGGUGUGGACUAUGUGGAUAGAGAUAAUGGCCUGUGCUAGCAGACAUUUCUACCACCAUUACCAUAUUCUUCUCCAACCUUUUCUUGCUGAUUCAUUUUUUCCUCAAUGUCCAUGAUUUUACUCUACUCACCUUCUUUAUCUCCCUAUCGCUGCUUCUUCUUCUUCUACCACCAAUUCUGGUCUUUCUUGUGUUUUGUGCGUAGUUCUAUUCAGGUUUGUUUACUCAAAAGAGUCAAACUUUAGAACCCACAUGCUUAAAUUCGUUCUUGUUUGAUUUCAGCAAGGUCGGAACCCCUAUAAACUAGAUCUCGUGUCAGAUUCUUUAUUGGGGGGGUUGGUUUUCUGAUUUGGUUUAACUAAAUUUCGAAUCUUUGUUGCUUAGUUUAGCCCAUUUCUUGUCCUGGGUUUUGGUUGGUGGUUUACAGAUAAAAUCAAAUUGUUUGGGAUUAGAAACUCUGAAUCUUGGGAUUCCUUGAUUCCUUUUUUUUUUUUUUUUUUUUAUCUGUGAAUUCUUAUCUCUCCUAAUCCUGGGCUCUUCUUGCAUUCCAAUUUUGAAGUUGUCUGGGUGGAUAAGAUAGCAUCUCUCCACUUACACAUACUUUUCAAUCUAUCUGCUUUUGGUGAGUUUGGAAGUGGGUGAGUUUCGUCCUCCUUCAUUUCCUCACUUUCAACUUCUUCGAAGUUUUUUACCCGCUUCUUGAUGUUGGGUUUAACUAGAACGUUUCUGCGGAUUUGAUACUGGGUCUCUCGACAACCCCCUCCCCCCUCUCUCGUGGGGAGAAGCAAGAAGUCAAUCUCACCUCGUAUUGUUACUGUUUGUUGUUAACUUGUGUUGGUAACUGUUUCUGAUGAGUUUGCUUCACGUGGUUGGGUUUGGCCUUAAGGUGGGGCAUCUGCUUUUGAUGCUAUGUUACUGGAUUGUGUCUGUAAUUUCCAUGAACUGGUUCAUAAAUAGUGGAAUAGUGGACACCAAGACUGGUUUACUUGGUGAUAGUGGCAAGAUGUGGCUAAAAUGGUGGGAGAAGAUCUCGGGAAACAGUUGGAAGAUCCACCACUACUACCAGUAUAUUGGGUCUAAGAAAGUGCCCAAAGCAUGGUGGAGGAAGCUCUUGAUUACAUGGGUACUUGGUUGGACCAUAGUGUCUCUGUGGAUCUUCUGCUACAUGAGGUUACAAGCUACUGAGAAGAGGAAAGAGACCCUUGCAAGUAUGUGUGACGAGAGGGCUAGGAUGUUGCAGGAUCAGUUUAAUGUGAGUAUGAAUCAUAUCCAAGCCAUGUCCGUUAUGAUCUCAACCUUCCACCAUGGGAAGAACCCCUCUGCUAUGGAUCAGAGGACUUUUGCAAGGUACACGGAAAGAACUGCUUUUGAGAGGCCCAUCACAAGUGGUGUGGCAUAUGCUGUUAGGGUGCUCCACUCAGAAAGGGAACAAUUCGAGAAGCAACAAGGCUGGACCAUUAAGAGGAUGGAUACCCUUGAACAAAACCCCGUUCAUGAGGAUGAUUAUGCCGCAGAAGCCUUAGAGCCAUCCCUAAUUCAGGAAGAAUAUGCUCCUGUCAUCUUUGCACAGGAUACCAUUUCUCAUGUGGUUUCACUUGAUAUGCUGUCGGGGAAGGAAGAUCGUGAGAAUGUUUUGCGUGCCAGAGCAUCAGGAAAGGGGGUUCUAUCUGCUCCUUUGAGGCUAGUAAAAACAAAUCGUCUUGGAGUUAUAUUGACAUUUGCUGUCUACAAGGCAGAUCUCCCCUCAAAUGUUACGCUGAAUGAGAGAAUUCAAGCAACUGAUGGAUAUCUUGGGGGAGUAUUUGAUAUUGAAUCACUUGUGGAGAAGUUGCUUCAACAGCUUGCUAGUAAACAGACUAUCAUUGUGAAUGUGUAUGACACAACCAAUGACUCACAUCCAAUCAGCAUGUAUGGCUCGAAUGUAUCGGAUGAUGGUUUGCAGCAUGUUAGCACCCUUAAUUUUGGAGAUCCUGUCAGGAAGCAUGAGAUGCAUUGCAGAUUCAAGCAAAAACCGCCAUGGCAUUGGCUAGCAAUAACAACUUCUAUUGGCAUCCUCGUGAUUGCAUUACUUGUUGGAUAUAUAUUCCAUGCAACUGUGAAUCGAAUUGCCAAAGUUGAAGAUGAUUACCAUAAGAUGAUGGAGCUCAAAAAACGAGCUGAGGCUGCUGAUGUUGCAAAAUCUCAGUUCCUUGCUACCGUCUCCCAUGAGAUCAGAACCCCGAUGAAUGGUGUUCUCGGAAUGUUAGAUAUGCUCAUGGACACAGAUCUGGAUGUUACUCAACAAGAUUAUGUCAGAACUGCACAGGCCAGUGGAAAAGCUCUUGUCUCACUCAUAAAUGAGGUUUUAGACCAAGCAAAGAUUGAAUCUGGUAGACUUGAGCUUGAGGCCGUGCGUUUUGAUCUGAGAGCAAUUUUGGAUGAUAUUCUCUCACUCUUUUCUGGAAAGUCCCAGGAAAAAGGAGUGGAGCUGGCAGUUUAUAUCUCAGAUCGAGUUCCUGAAAUGCUAAUUGGUGAUCCUGGAAGGUUUCGUCAAAUCAUUACCAAUCUUAUGGGUAACUCAAUCAAAUUCACAGAGAAAGGGCACAUAUUUGUCACUGUUCAUCUUGUUGAGGAAGUGAUUGGCUCAAUAGGAGUUGAGAUGGAAUCACCAUCGAAGAACACAUUGAGUGGAUUCCCUGUUGCAGAUAGGCGCUGCAGCUGGGAAGGAUUUAAGACUCUCAGUGGAGAAGGAUCCACUUGUCCUCUCUCAUUGUCCUCCUCUGACCUUAUCAACCUAAUUGUUUCUGUUGAGGAUACAGGAGUAGGAAUCCCUCUUGAAGCCCAAUCUCGUAUCUUCACUCCUUUUAUGCAGGUGGGUCCUUCCAUCUCCCGAACACAUGGAGGCACAGGUAUUGGCCUAAGCAUAAGCAAGUGUCUAGUUGGCCUAAUGAAUGGGGAAAUUGGUUUUGUGAGCAUACCAAAGAUCGGUUCUACCUUUACAUUUACUGCUGUCUUCACCAAAGGCUGCUCCGAUCCAAAUGAGUAUAAGAGCCAGCAAAUCAACCACCAAUCCAAUCUUGCAUCCUCCGAAUUUCAGGGCAUGAUGGCGUUAGUUGUGGACCCCAGACCAAUCCGUGCCAAGGUGUCAAGAUAUCAUAUCCAACGGCUAGGAAUUCAUGUUGAAGUGGUUUCUGAUUUCAAUCAAGUUUUGUCUAGCAUAAACAGUGGCAAAACAGUUACCAAUAUGGUACUAGUUGAGCAGGAGAUUUGGGAUAGGGAUUCAGUCAUUUCUGCUCAUUUCAUCAAUAAUUUAGAGAAGGUUGAUUGUGGGAUGCCUCCCAAGUUGUUCCUUCUAGCUAGUUCUAUCAGCCCGUGCAGAACAAGAGCUGCAACUUCAAGUGAUCACACCCCGCCAAUCGUCAUGAAGCCCCUGAGAGCAAGCAUGCUUGCUGCCUCAUUACAGCGAGCCAUGGGUGUUGGGGGCAAGGGGAAACCCCGCACUGGGGAGAUCUCUGGCUUGUCUGUCUGCAAUCUUCUUCUUGGUAGAAAAAUCCUUAUUGUAGAUGAUAAUAAUGUGAAUCUUAAAGUAGCUGCUGGUGCUUUGAAGAAGUAUGGAGCUGAUGUGGUCUGUGCAGACAGUGGGAAAAAGGCUAUCUCAUUGCUUCAACCACCUCACCAUUUUGAUGCCUGUUUCAUGGAUAUCCAAAUGCCUGAAAUGGACGGGUUUGAAGCUACAAGAAAAAUUAGGGAAGUGGAAUGUAGUAUCAAUAAUCUUAUUCAAAGUGGGGAAGUAUCUGUGGAAGCUUAUGAUAAUAUUUCAAAGUGGCAUGUUCCCAUUUUGGCCAUGACAGCAGAUGUAAUACAGGCAACGCAUGAGGAAUCCAUAAGAUGUGGAAUGGAUGGAUAUGUUUCAAAACCAUUUGAAGCACAACAACUUUAUAGAGAGGUUUCACGCCAAUUCCAAUCGGCUUCAAAUGGGAAUAUAUAGAGACAACUUACAUUCUAAAGGCUUGCUGCUGAGAUAAGCACGGCAAGCUGUUCUCGUGUAUGCAUAGGAAUGCUUAAAUGGGUUCAGAGUUCUUCCAAAAAGGAGACAGUUGUUUCUUGUAGCAGUGUAUAUAGAAGCCGUGCUUGACAGGUUGGGAUUGAGUUUUUCUUGAUUUUUGUAUGAGCCAGAUAUAGAAGACAGUUGAUUUUUCACUUGCAAAGUUGAUCUCAUCUCCAAGCCUUUCAUCUCGGACCGGUUGGACCUAAAAUUCAGAGAUAUUAGUCGAAAAUGGCGGAGAAAAACCCCUAGGCUUUGAUGUAUCAUAGAAGAUCAGGGAAUAAAAUGUGAUCCUUGAAGAGUUCUGACUCUUUGAUCAAGUGUUAAUACUCGUGUCACAGUGAUUUGUUCUGUUGAAGAAAUGAAAUAUAGCUUCUCAGCAACAGGAGAAGUGCAUUUUGUAUAUUAGUCAGGACUACAAUAAGCAUGGUUGAUAACUUGAUGUUUACUUACAGAACCACACUUUUCUUCUUAUUUUUUUAUUUUUUUCGAACAAUUUGUUCGACUGAGGAUUCAUGUAACCAUCACAUUGUAUCAAAUUCAAGUAAUAUCACUAUUCUUGCCUGA